GAGUUGAGUAUAAUGAGAAAUGAAGGAGGAAGCAAAGUAAGGACAUAGCCACUCUCUCAUACGGAGUACUCCUAUUAUUAUCUACUAGAUCAACAACACCACCUCCCACUAUCUCUAGGAUCUCUUUCUCUUUCUAUCUCUAUCUCUCUCUUCCCACUCACCUGUCUUUCAUUCUGAGCAGAGCAGCAAUACACAAAGCUGAAAUUUAAGUUGAAAACAAAAAGGGGAAAUUAAAUUUAAACAAAAAAAAAGGAUCCAAGGGUGUUGGGGUUUCAUCUGUCAAACCCAUCAAAUCAUAUCAAAUCAAAUCAAAUCAAAUAUCAGAAAACAAAGGAUUGAUCAAAUUUCAAAUCAUCAAUUAUAAAAGAGAGAGAAGAAACAGAAAUGUCAAGCUCUACAUCAUCAACAAUAACAACUAACUUGUCAUUGGACCCCUUCCCUUCUUCUGAACAACUCUGCUAUCUCCAAUGCUCUCGUUGCGACACUGUUCUUGCGGUAAGUGUGCCGUCAAGCAGCUUGUAUAAGACGGUGACAGUCCGAUGUGGACAUUGCACCCACCUCCUUCCGGUGAACACGCGGUCGCUUUUACCGCCGCCGCCGCCGCCUAACCAGCUUCACUUGUCUCAUAACUUCUUCUCCCCAACCUCCCACUAUCGUCUGGGGGAGAUGCCAAACCAAAGUCCAAAUUUCUCACUCACACAACCAGGUGGUGCAUCUAAUUACAUGACUCCAACACUAAGCCGCGGCGGUGCGAACGAGCUACCGAGGGUUCCUACCACCAACAGACCACCGGAAAAAAGACAGAGAGUUCCUUCUGCUUACAACCGAUUCAUCAAAGAUGAGAUCCAACGUAUUAAGGCUCAAAAUCCUGAUAUUACUCACAGAGAGGCUUUUAGUGCUGCUGCCAAGAAUUGGGCCCACUUUCCCCAUAUCCAUUUUGGGCUGAUGCCGGAUCAGACGGUGAAAAGGACAAGUAACAUGCGGCCUCACCAUCCCCAGGAAGCUGGAGAAGAUGUCCGCAUGAGAACUGGAUAUUACGGUGCUCAAGCUAAUGUUGGUGUUUCUCCCUAUUAAAAUAACACAAAACUGAAUUAAUUAUGCUGAUGUUUAAUUAAUUUGCAACCCUUUUUAUUUUCUUCAGUUCUUCAUAAUAGUCGUCGGGCGACGAAUGUAAUUAGGUGGGGUGUAAUUUUGAUAUCCAGAUUGCCUUGUUAAGCCUUUAAUUUCUGUGAUAUCUUCAUAACUCACCAGAAAUUUCAAUGAUAUCUGUUUGUUGUAUAAUACAACUUGGUUUUAUUAAAAUUAACCCAUUGCACUUUAACUCA